AUUUGAGGUAACAAAUUAAGUAUGGCUUUUACGUCAGUAAAGGCCAUAGUGCUCAUACAAGUAUUAGCAUUAGUAGUUGCCUCUUUCUCAGAGCUCAGCUUUGGUGAAGUCACUGAAAAUUCGUCAUUAGACAAUCAUGAGGAAAAUGAAAUCAUCUCAACCAAAGGGUUCGGGUUUGGGUUUGGACGCCUUCCUAAGAGAAGUCCCUCUACCCCUACACCUGUUAAACGGCCAUCACCUUCACCAUCACCACCAGCUAAGUCACCACCACCACCUUCACCUUCACCACCACCACCAACUCAAUCACCACCGCCACCAACACCCUCACCGCCACCACCCUCACCAUCACCACCACCACCAGUUCAAUCACCUCCACCGCCAUCACCACCACUAGCUCAAUCACCUCCACCGCCACCAACAAUACCACCAUCAGCACCUCCACCACCAGCUCAAUCACAAAAACAAACACCUCCACCGCCACCAACAAUACCACCACCAGCAUCUCCAACACCAGCUCAAUCACAAAAACAAACACCUCCACCGUCACCAAUUGCUCCGCCACCAGCAAUCCAACGUGCACCACCACCUUCUCAGCCACCAAAACUCCCACCACCACAAUCACCACCAGCUACUCAGCCACCAAUAAGCAGACCGCCGAAGCCAUCACCACCUACUCAGCCACCAAUAAACAGACCGCCGCAGCCAUCACCACCUACUCAACUUCCAAUAAGGAGACCACCACCAGUUACUCAGCUACCAAUAAGGAGAACACCACCGCCAUCACCACCAACUAAUAAACCACCUAACAGGUCAUCACCACCACCACCAACUGAUUAUGAUGAGCCGCCAAACAUCGAGCCACCCGUUGAUCAGGAGCCACCACCCGUUUCUCAUGAGCCUCCAUUUGUUGAGCCACCACCAACUAAUCAACCACCUAUUAAACCAUUUCCACCAACUCUAAGUCCCCCAUUUAUUCCACGAAUCACACCACCGGUUAAGCUUCCACCGCCGACAAUUCAUCCCGCCGGAAAGCCUCUAAUCGUCGUCGGCCGUGUUAAUUGCAAAUCUUGCAGUAGCAGAGGGCUUCCUUCUCUCUUUAAAGUCUCCCCACUCCACGGAGCUUCAGUGAAGCUAGUGUGUCACAAUAAUGGAAGGAAGGCAAAUGUUCAAACAGCAUUGACAGACAAGAAUGGUGAUUUCUCUAUCACACCCAUAUCUUUAGCCAAAGCAGAUGUACACAAAUGCAGAGUAUACUUACUGAAAUCACCCAAACCAAUUUGCAAUGUGGCAACAGAUUACAAUAAUGGAAAAUCUGGUGCUGUAUUGAAACCUAUCCUGCCACCUGGCAAUCAUGCCCCAAUGUUUGAUUUCUUUGGUGUUGGGCCUUUUAUAUUCGAAGCGCCAAACAAAUUCCCAUGCAGAAAGUAAAAAUGGAGCUCUUCAAUAUUAAUGGAGUACUUAGCUAGGAAAAUAAAAGUAUGAAAGGAUUUGAGUUUCUGACAAAAAUUGUAACAAUUUGAUAUUGACUUCUAAUGGAUGAAUGAUAACGAAGUUAUGAAAAUUAAAAGUUUUUGAUAUUGCCUUCUGUUGA